ACAUUUAUAGACAGGCUCUCUUGAAGGCCCCCAGCCGCUACACGUGUUUCAGGGGGCCAAUGACACAUAUUUAACACACUUUUUUUAGUACUUUCGGGCAUUUCCAGGGGUACUUCAACGACCCUAAUGGUAGUUUGAUCCUUCUUCUGUACUAUGAACCUGAAGGAACACUCAUGAGAACCUGAUUUAUCUUAUUUUUUGGCCUUUGAAAAUACUUAACGUUAGAGGCGGAUACCAACCUCAGUCUCAGGGAAGGGAAGGUGGUCUGUUGCGUCUGUGUGUCUGUCUGUCCGGGCGUGAAAAGCUUAGUGGUGCUAUUAUAAGCUUAUUAGCCGUCAUGAAGCAAGAGGAGGCGGAGGUUGAGGUGGAGAAGGGGCCCAAGAUGAAGAGGAGGAAGUAUCUGGUAGAGGACGUGGUGACCAAGAGCGCCAACAAGAUUGAACCUUUGCUGGUGGACUUUGCCAACGGUCAGCCUCUGCACGGUGCGGACCUGAGAGGAACUCUGCACCGCGUGUCUGACAAGCACGGCGUCCACGCCAAGAACAGCCUGCUGACCGUCCAGACCCCCAUCCUCAGCUACACCGGGACGGAGACCCGCGCACGGCAGCCUGGCAGCGUCAACACCUUCCUGGGGCUGCUGGACAAGGCCACAGGCAGGAUCCGUCUGGUGGAGGCCAGCCAGUACACGGUGCAGCCCGUGAUACAGAAGCUUGCGUCCACAGUCACCGGCCGAGGGUUGCCUGACACUGCCACUUACAACGAGAAGCAGGAGGCCAUCGCUGCCGCCUUUGGGAGCAGGAAGGCCAAGCAGCAGGUGGCCAGGCGGCGCCAGAACCAGGUGGAGGCAGAGACCAUGUCCGGGGCCAUAGACCAUGCAGCGGCCGUGGCUGUGGACUCCAGCGAGGCCGUGGGCCGGCAUCUGGAGCAGCAGGAGGAGACGUCCCUGGUGGGCAUUCUGCCGCCCUGCAACAGGGAGGCCAGCCGGGUGGAGGACGUGUACUGCCUGCAGGACCUGGCCCCGGAUGACUUCCUGGCCCACAUGGAGGAGUCGGCCACAGCCAUCCUGACGGCCCAGCAGGAGCUUGACCCCAAGAGCACACUACUCUUCCGGGAGAUGGUAGAAAACGCCAAGCACGAGAGCAAGUUUGGGGACCAGCUGAGACUGUGCUGUGUGGCGCUGCUCGUGAACCACCUGCUGGCCUUCCUGACCUGUCGCGGCAACCUGCUGAGGGACUUUGAGAAGGGGCACCUCAUGGACGGCUGCUGCAGGAGGGUGGCCGUCUGGGUCGUGCAGGAGUACACACAGAAGCAGGGCAGCCUUUUAACGAGGACACAGAAGGAUGAGGACAGAGUGCUUUGUCUCCUCCUGAUCCUGGCCUUCAUAUCCAACAAGUACGAGCUCCCUGUCAGCACAUUGCUUCAGUCCGUCCCCAUAAAGAAGGAGAGACUGAAUUUACUGAUGCGGGUCAUUGGUGCAACCUACAAGGCCACCACCCACUCCUUCCAGCUCAAACUGCCCCUCGCCAAGCUGACUCAGAACGUGAAGAAAAUCAGAGGCACAAAAUCAAGAUAAACAACCCCCCACUGCUAGAAUGUGUCCCUCUCUCUGCAUGGUGAUGUUUUUCAAGGGUACAGAAUGUUAGAAAUGAGCAGCAGCUGUGUGUGAUGAUUGUUUUGGCUGUACCUGUAUUUCUUUGUGCAGUGGACCUCCUUACUCCCUGACACUGGGAAGCACUGGCUGGGGCCACUGCUUGGUGCUGGACUGUAACAAUGGUUGGUUGUCUUUGUGGCAGCACUUUGUAAGGCAGUGUAGAGGUAAUAUUCUUCAGGCCCAGCUCGGCACAAUGGUGUAUCAUGCACAGCCACAGGACUAAUCAUAUCAAGCGUUAUAAAGUGUGACAUUCAUACUUGUAAAAUUCUUUGAAUGGAGGUCUAGGGAAAUUUGUCUGGUGUGUAAUUAUUUAUUUUGUAUCACCAAUAAGAAACACUUCCAGAUGAAUACUUACACUAAAGGAAUUACUGUCUUCAUUCAUAAAUUUUGAACUUGGGAAAAUUACUUUCUACAGCAUUGUACCAUGAUUAUGCAACACUGCAAGACAUCUGAAA